AUGAUCAAUCAGUUUGUAAUGUAUAGUUAUGGUUGUGUUCUGAAAGUAAAUUUAGUUAUUAAGAUUAAGAUUAUGAUUUUGAUGGGAGUGGGGAUGAAUGUUAUGACUGUGAGCCAGGUACUUAUUCUUUAGCAGGCUCUAAAAGUUGUGAUCUAAAGUAUUAUGGACAUAGCUAUAAUAACAAAAAAAUGUUAUUAAAAGCUUUCUAAAUAAACUGAAUACUAAAAAUUCCCAACAGGUAAAUCUAACCAACUAGAAAAUACAAAAGGAAUAGAUGAUACAGUAUGCAGUAUGAGAUUAAAUUUCUGUCCUGAUGGUAAAUGGAGUGAUAUAGGUUAUGAUUCUAAUGGAAAUGGGAAGGAUGUGAAGAUUUUCAUAUUCUUUCGAGGGUUCUAAAAUCUAUUACCUAAGGCCUUGUGGUUUUGA